AUGGCAGACAUAGCUCAAAAGAAACAACCAAAGCAGCGAAAGAGUUUCCAGAUAGAAACUCGCUUUGGAGGAGCAAGAGAACUAAAGAGCCGCAAAGAUAGACCGUGCGAUGCGUGCCGACAGAGGAAGACUGCGUGUGUCAUUGUAACCAAACCGCCAUGCCGUUUCUGUGAAAGCAAAUGUGUGACCUGCUCUUUUAUAUCGACUCCAAAACCACGCCGUCGGUCACCAGCUAAGAGUCAAGAGAAAGAUGCCGAGCUUAGCACCUCUCCUCCUGUCAAUAUGGCAACCAGUUCAAGCGGUCCAAUGCAGCAUAGCGAAGCCCCGGUCUAUCAAUCACCACCGGACCAUCUGAGCAUGGCAGGGGUAGGAGCUCUGAGCCCAAUAUCGAUGCUGAGUGUAUCAGAUCAUGAGCAAUACACAACACCAACAUCAAUUCCUGGAUAUCCGGCCACCUUAGCAAGUCCCAAUCAUCCAUCAGCCAUCCCCGUCUCAGGACAGGUCUACCACCACCUCCCCGAAUACUCGUACUUCGCCAAUCCAACGCCACCUUCACAUCCCAUAUCGCCGGCCGCAGACAGCUUCAACCACAUCGCUGGCCACGCAGCACAUUUUAUGGACGUCCCAGGGGAACAGCAGGAUAUAGGCGCUCUCUCAUCAUUUCGCUCUGGUGCCGUUGAUCAUCCAGCCCAUCAUAUGGACAUCAACUUCAACCACGUCGAACCUGCGGAUCCAACACAAAAUCUACCUCCUGACAACUUCUCCCUAGCCAGGGCCUGGUUCUGUGGGGUAGAUAGAGGGAAACCCACGACUUCACACGAGAAUGACGUGGAAGACAUUGUAAGCAGUCAAGCUGAUAGCCUGGUACGGCUAUACUUCGCGAAUGUCCAUCCUGCAUUUCCCGUACUCUCCAAAGGCCAGUUUCUGCGCGAAUACGCACAGGAUAAAUAUAGCAUCUCUCUCACCCUCCGAGGCGCAGUAUAUGCUCUUGCGGCCUAUUGGUUACCGGUGGAUAGCACCUCACUAGUUUUCCGGGAGAUGCUUUUCGAACACGUCCAUGUCAGCCUGCAAAAGGAGCUAGAGCUAGAAUCCCCGCAGCUAUCAACGCUUCAGGCCUGUCUUCUGCUUCUGUACCAGCUUCAACCCCCCGAACACGCAACCGCGCAGGGAUCCAAGGUUCUCGCCCUUUCAGCGCAGGCAGUUUCGUGUGCCCAUGCACUCGGCCUACACCACAAUGACACAGCCUGGGAUAUACCGGUGUGGGAAAAGAAGCUUCGUAGGAAAUUAUGGUGGGCAACGUACUAUAUUGACAGAUGGACGUCGGUAUCUCACGGCAGGCCGCCACAUAUCCAGAACGGCACCUUUGACACAGGAGACAUUGAAGUUGAAGAUCUCGUGUAUGACGAGGAUGUGGCUGGCCAUGCGUGCUCAUAA